AUGCCUUCCCCGCAAACCUCCUCCACUCAGCCGGACCUCGAUCCGGACGACCCUUGUUAUAGGGUCAAGACCCAUCCACGCGAGGGCUCUGAAAAAUUCCACGUCGUCGGCACACGACGGGGUCUUCCCGCUUGGGCGAACUUGCCCUCGCUGACGAAAUCGACUACUUCGAUGCGUGUCCGAGUCAAUGACCAAGUCGUGGCCUAUUGGCUCGACGACCGGGACAAGACCCAAGAGGCCCUGGCUCUAGUCCUCAGUAUCAGAGUGCUGAAUCCGAAAGGGAUCAAAGCGGUGGAAGGGAACAAAGACAUGACGCUCUUGCUGGUGGCAUGGUUCUUGGAUCCGCCUCUGGCUCCGCCCCGUAAUUCGCACCCCGCCUACCCGACUCUUUCUUCUCAUUUAGAUAUCAUCUCCAUCCAGGCCGUCAAAUCGGUUGUGAGUAGUGACAACCGAAUCCCUAUCAAAGAAGUCCACAUAAUCCAUUGCGCGAAGAAAGUGCCUGCCGCGGAU